UACUCAUCUUGUCCGCUAGAAGGCGGUAGUGAGUUGUGCAGCUUUUUAUCCAGAUAAAGGCACUUCCGCUGCUUCCUGUCACAGACACCGCUUACUGCUGCGAGAGUAAAGAUGGCAGGCCGCCGUGCAGCCCUGAAGGCCAUUGACUGGGUAGCCUUUGCUGAGCGGGUUCCACCCAACCAGCGAAGCAUGUUCAACGCACUGAAGACUCGGAGUGAUGCCAUUUCUGCCAAACUAGCUUCCCUGCCAGAGAGUCCUGCAGCCAUUGAUUGGAGUUACUACAGGAGCGCAGUGGCCAAACCGGGAAUGGUGGAUGAAUUUGAGAAGAAAUUCUCAGCUCUGAAGGUCCCUGAACCUGUGGACACUCAGACGGCUAAGAUCAAUGCACAGGAGACUGAGGCUAACAAAUCUGCUUUAGCGUACAUUGAAGCCUCAAAGGCCCGCAUCACCAAGUAUGAAGAAGAGCUGGAUAAAUUUAAGAACAUGAUCCCCUUUGAUCAGAUGACCAUUGAAGAUCUCAAUGAGAUCUUCCCAGAGACCAAGUUGGACAAGGUCAAAUAUCCUUACUGGCCUCACAAACCUAUUGCUGACUUGUAAUCCGACUUCUGGACAUGUACUUAACAUUAAAGAAUAUGUAUUUUAAAGAGA